UGUUGCGAAACCUUGGCUCCACGGUUGGCUCGGGUGGCACGGGUGGUCGCACAAUCCACGGACACUAGACGUGCGUGUAGCAAUGUAGCAAAAUGGGAACGAUAGCGUCGGCACUCCAAUGGUAUUGCAUUGCGUGUAAUUACCUUAAUCCAACAGAAAGCGUGCGCUGCUUACGGUGUCGAAAGUUGCGUCGGGUCAACGGUGUCGAUAUAGUCCAUCAUCAGAUUCGCUCGGUUGCCGAAGUGCCCAGGCAAGCUGCGACCUGCGUUCGCAUGAAGGAUGUGAAUAGAAAACUAGUCACAAACGAUUGUCUGUUCCGCGUUAUAGACAGCCUAGCACUAGCGCACAAAAACAUAAACCGGAAGAAAAUCGAACGUUCCUUCGCUCAGCCGCAGGCAGAUCGGUAUUGCUGGAGCCGUAGACGGCAUCUGUCGCAACCGAGCAUCAACCGUCGCUGGAGCUGUCACCGAUGCCGGCUGUACAACCGGAGCGUUUCCUGGCACUGCAUCAACUGCGAAACACUGAGUCUGAUAGCUCCCGUGUACAAGGACACGAUCAAGAAAUCCCUUACACAGCUUAUUCGCAGGGGCACCGACGACCAUCACGGGUGCGGUCUCUGUGCUAUCGCUAGCAUCAAAGCUACCAGUAUGGAGCAACUGUGGGCCGCCCGAUGCCGCUUUUGUCUCUACAAUCAGUUCAACUUCGAGGGCGACCGUUCUAGUUGUUGCGGUGUCGGAGCCAGCGAGUCAAGACUGCCGCGCUGUCAACACUCCUCAACCGAUUCCACU